GCAGCCCCUGCAGACGCUGUGCUCCAGUCACUCUGCAAAGCGAGUCUGUGAUCGCCACCCUAGCCAGCUGGCGAAGGGCUAGAAAGUGCGGGAGAGGAAAGCUGGCUCUCUGCUUGUCCCCCGGGCUAGCUCGGAAUGAGCCGCUGCUGUGAUGUGCAAGAUGUCUUUCAAGAGGGAAACACCGCUCGCAAAUGCUGCAUUCUGGGCUGCAAGGAAAGGAAACCUGGCUCUUCUUCAGCUGUUGUUGAACAGUGGGCGAGUAGAUGUGGACUGCAGAGACAGCCUUGGCACAACAGCUCUGAUGGUAGCUUCUCACUAUGGCCACAUAGAAUGUGUGCGGGAAUUGGUGUUACAAGGAGCAGAUAUCAAUCUGCAGAGAGAGUCAGGCACAACUGCUCUGUUCUUUGCUGCACAGCAAGGCCACAAUGCUGUUGUGAGGUUUCUCUUUGAAUUUGGCGCCUCUACUGAAUUUAGAACUAAAGAUGGCGGUACCGCUCUGUUAGCAGCUUGUCAGUAUGGCCAUACACGAGUGGUGGAAACUCUAUUGAAGCAUGGUGCCAACAUACAUGAUCAACUUUGUGAUGGAGCUACUGCACUUUUUCUGGCUGCCCAAGGCGGUUAUCUGGAUGUCAUCAGAUUAUUGUUAUCUUCAGGAGCAAAGGUCAACCAGCCAAGGCAGGACGGGACAGCUCCUUUGUGGAUAGCAUCUCAGAUGGGUCACAGCGAGAUAGUGAGGGUAAUGCUGCUCCGGGGAGCUGAGCGAGAUGCCACACGGAACGAUGGUACCACUGCUUUACUUAAAGCUGCUAACAAAGGGUAUCAUGACGUUAUAGAGGAAUUACUCAAAUUCUCUCCUGCACUUGGCCUGUUGAAGAAUGGGACUUCUGCUCUCCAUGCGGCCGUGCUGGGUGGCAAUGUAAAAGCAGUAGCACUACUUUUGGAAGCAGGAGCAGAUCCUUCUCUUAGGAACAAGGCAAAUGAACUGCCAGCAGAACUAACACAAAAUGAACGCAUCCUCCGGCUCCUCCGGGCAAAAGAAAAGCACAGGAAAAGCUAACCCAACUACUGUGUCAGAUGUGGUUUGACAGAGAGGAGCUAUGUCCAUGCUGGCCCUAAAGCAAAUCUGGUUUUGAAAAUGGCUUAUAGAACCUCUUAGCAGAAUUGUUUUAGCAUGUCCAAGAUACCACUCUGUGAACAAAGUCAGCCUUCAACACAGAGGAGAGGGUGCACUAAAACUUCAGUUUUGCACCAUUAAACCUAACAGGAGUUUUGCCAUGGGCUUCAGUGAGAGCAAGAUAGAGCCCUAAAGGCCUGUUUGCACCACAGCCCUGUCUAUACUUGAAAAUCCCAGCAUUCCCAUAAAUCCUAAAAUGUGUGUAGUACACCUUAUAGCCACACACAAGUGCUCAACCAUUUCACAGGCAUUCUCACUAUUGUUAUGACUGCACUAGCUGAGAUCAAGUCUUAAUGCCUCUUUGUGCACCUGUUCAGUUUGAACCAUUGAGCUUGUGUAGGUGGGAAGCACAGAUGUUCCAGCUGCACUGGUUCAAUUAAUCUCCUCAGCACAAUCCCACAAGGCUUCAAUGCACCCUUCAGGCUUUGGCAGUUUGGAGACCAGGCUAUGUCCACAUUCCUCCCUGCUGCCAUUUCAUGCAGGCCUGAGAGAAAGCUGAGGGGUGCUCAUCUGGUCUCAGCUAUGCCCAAUAACUCCUUCCCUGUUUGCAGCCACGUGUAGGGCAGGGAUAUAGGACACAAACCAGCCUAUUUAAAUCAAAACUUUAAUUAGAACAAGGAAUUUUUUAUUGGCUUGUAGGAAAAUAACCCACAACACAAUGGGGAAAAGUUAGGGAGCGCAAACACCAUAGCAUCUACACACCCACACUAGAAACCUCAAUUACAUAUGUAUUGAACUACCUUACUCUGGGGUUGGCAUGGCUCUGAGGUAACUGUUUCAUCUGUAUCUCAUAGUUGCUUGAGACCUGAAAAGGGGACUUAAGUGAAAACAUAUUCCAGGCUAUCCCACCCCCAUCCCAAGUAAAUCCUAGUUCUUUUGCUUACCAGCAUGGGGAGGUAAGUAACUUCUGGUUCUCCCCACUAUCCUUGAGGAUCAGAACAUAGGCUAGAGGGGUGACUACCUGAGGUGGGGGAGAAGGAUUGGAAAAAUUGGUUGUGUACCAAUGGAUACCUCAGAGAGGUGUCCUCCCUCCAGCCCCUGGCCUUAACUGCUCUGUUUGGAUUGUAGAGGGAGACACAAGAGAAAAGGUAGCUGUUACUUAAGCAACAACUCAUUAAAACGAUCCAAAACUUUACAGUUUACCCCAAAAGUUAUCAAGCAAAUGAGAGCAAACUCAUCUCCUCCUCAGAGUAAACUCUCACCUGUGUAGUACCACAAUCCAUCCAACAGUGGGUAUGGAGACAGCUGGUGGCCUUCUGCAGUGUAAUUCCCUUUCGCUCCUAACAUAUGCUCAAAUCCAUGAACAGAACCACUGGAAAUAGUCACUGAGUAAACCAAAUGUAGCAUGUUGUUAACAUAUAUUUAGCUGUGAAGCCUACUCGUGUGGGUGUUAUAAAUGUACAGUAUACAUUGUACACACAAACACGUGUAUGCGACACGGUUUAGUGUUCACCAGCUACUAUACAAUGCAACUGCUCCAGGGACCUGUGCCUGGAAUUAUGGGAGAGGGGCCACUAUGAGCAGGUACAUCAGCAGUUGGUAGGCCAUGUGUGAUGUGGGCACAUUAUACUCGGAGGGCAUUCAGUGCCAAAAAAAAUAAAAAAAAUUCUGCAUACAAUAUUUUAAAA